AUGGGUUCCAAAGAUCAGGAGUCUAAAUCUGAAAUCCUAGUGGAUACAUACUCAGGCCUGUUAGGUGAUCAAUCCAUUAUCUUGGCCAUGAACUCGAGUUGUGUUGAUCCUUUGAUACAAUUUGAGGCACAGUUGAAGAUAUUAGAGUUAUCUUUCCAAAAGAUAUUUUCCUUGCCAAAUAUUAAUGUAUUGAAAUCAAUGGGGAAGAAUUCUGAUGACACUGAUGAACUGGAGAAUUUAUUUGAAAAUAUUUUCAACAUAUAUGAAGAUACUCUUCUUAUUUUAGUGUCUAAAGAUUUCUACAAGUUACAGAUCUUAAAGGAAAUAACCACGUGGAUGAAUCAGAAUAAUCAGUACCUGCAAGAACGAGCAAUGAUGAUCAUCACCAGAGUGCUAAUGUUUGCAUCCAAGAGAGCCAAGAAAUACCCAAGUAUCAAUGCUCCAUGUUUAGGUGUCCUGGCAGCAGAGCUCUUACUCUUGUGUGCCCACGAAGAUCCCUUAAUCAUACAACAAGCAUCCUCAGGCAUAAAUUAUGUCCUCUACAUUGCAAUGUGUCAGAACUCUAAUGCUAAAAAACAGAAACCCAGCAGGCCAAGUGACGGAGAAACCAAUAACCCCAGGGUGAUAAGUUCUGACUUUGAAUUACUAUCCAAGGCCACACAAGGAGGCAAAAACAAAAUUGCCCAGAGCAUAGGACAAAUAUUACCACCCCACUUGCUGACUGACUUCGUGUGGACCCUCCUGAAGAAACUUUCCUCACCUGAUGUGGAAAUAGCAUUUGAGGCUGCAUCCUUACUGAAGCUGACUUUGGAGUAUCAUGCUCAGAAGAUCACCAUGGUGUCUAAAAUUGUGGAUGACAUUUAUGAGCAGCUCUCUCUGGAUUCUUCCCAUGCCAUGAAGGCUGACUUGUUGCAGGUCAUUAGCCUGCUGACAAGAGCCUCUCCUAAGAAGGUUAUCUUUCAGCUCAUGGAGUUCGCAGUCCCUGCAGACGAUGCUCUGCUACAGAUGUGGCAAGCAGUGAGUACGGAGUCAAGUGUCGCAUCUCCAGUUCUGAAGACAAUAUUGUCAAUACUGAAAGGGAAACCAGGGGAGAUAGAGGAAACCCUGAUAGAAAGAAGACGCUUCUCCCUCGAUGCUUCCAACAUGAUGCCUGUGGCGGCAUCACAGGCCUUGUGCACAUUUCUGCCUGUGCAUUCUUACAGGAAAGUGGUGGCCAAGCUUUUCCCCGAGCUCCUGAUGGCCCUCAUGCUUCAACUCUUCUACUGUAGUCAGCUUCUAAAAGACACCUCACAGGACAGACCUCUCUACGUAAGAGAUGGCCUAAAGGUUCUUCUGAAUUGCUCUGGACUCAAAGAAGUAGAUGAAGCUCUAGAGAAAAAGAAUUUCUGGGACCAGUUUUCUCAAGUCAUGGAUCACCAGUACGGGAUCCACCUCAUUGCAAAAACUCUAAGUGAAUGUAACUUUCCACAGUUUCCAGAGACCCUACAUUAUGUCUACAAGAUUGCAGUCAAAGGUCCUAGGAGAUCAGAAGAUAGCAUCGUCACAAUAAUAUUCUUUGCAGAACUUCUGAACAACUUCUUCAAGGAAUCAUUACCUAAGGAAUUUUUGGUUCUCUUCAGAAACUGGAUUAAUGAUUCCAAUCCUUCAGUUGGCAAAAUGAGCCUUCAGAAAAUUGCGAGCAUGGCACCAGUUUUCAGUGAAAUAGAAAGUGUCUGCCACCUGUUACUCCCAGUCUUAGAUGCUUUUCUUUCCAAAGAUCACACUGUUAUCAUCCGGGCCAUGCUCACCCUCCGAAACAUUUUGAGAAAACUGGACAAGGCAAUCUACUCCACAGUGUGUAGCAGGAUUGCUUCUAGCUACUGUCCUCUUAUGGAUCAUGUUAAUAGUGGCAUUCAGUGCAUGGCCAUUCGGCACUUUGGUGAAUUACUUAUGGAUAUGAGUGAAUACAAACGCAUGCUAAACCAUAUAAUCCUAGGGAGUCUUGUGCCCCUUAUCCUGUUUUUGGAGUCUACAGAAACAAGAAUAAUGAAUGCUUGCAGAUAUACAUUAACUAUGUGCUUCUCACAACUAAAGUGGUCAACAUUGUAUCUACUCCAGGAGGAUAAUUACAAUUUUGAGUCAAUGGUUCUUAGUAUCUGCAACAAUCUUCUUUCUUCUUAUGAGAGUUACAUUAUAGACUUAAUAUCUGAUACCUUAGGGUUCCUGGGAAGCUCUCGAGCCUUUCUGAAGAAAGGAUCCAUUAUAUUAGUAGGGUACUUGGGGAAAUCUGGAGCACAUUUACUGCUCAGAGAAGAAAUUGACGUCAUGAUUGAGGUUGUUGAACGAGUGACUCGGGAGGAAGAUCCUGUGAUCAAGAUGUUGGCAGAAAAAACCCAUAAACUUUUUAAAGAGAUAGCCUAUAGAAUAGCCUCCUCAACAAUUAAGCAAACUCUUCGAAGAUGGGUUAAGAUGUUCCAUACCAAAAAAUUGAAGCCCAUUUAUGACUUGGCCAAUGUUGUAGCCCUUAUGGAGAAUACUGCAGAAGAAUCUGCAGAAGUGAAGUUAAAUAAAAGUACUCUGGAGGAGCUUACUAAUGAGAUAUCCAACAAGUGA